AUGGAGGAGCCCACCCGGACCUUGAGCGCCGCGGUCCGCGAGCACCUGCGGCAGCUGUGUCUGCGCGAGUUCCCGUGCGGCACCGGCAGCUGGAAUAAGUCACGCUUUCUUCCUCAAACUUGGCGAACAUGGAGGGAGCUGACCCCCAGAGAGGAGGAGGCUGCGAGCCCCGGGGAGGAGACAAUGGAGGCUCUGCUGGACCUGGUCCGCAGCCCCCACUCACCCUGGGCUCUGCUGGAGGGCUCAAGUAAAGAGGACCAUUUUCUGAGAGAACUGGCCAUCCAGAAUCCACUGAGGCUCAAAGACACCUUCUUCUACUCUUACUUCAAGUCCCUACGGAUGGUGAACAAGCAUGUGAGCCUGGUGGAUAAAGACCUCCUGAAAUUUACGAAGCUGGAAGAGUUGAUCCUGAGUGCUAAUCGAAUCAAGGAGAUCGACGCCGUCAAUCUGCCCCCCACUCUCAAGGUGUUGGAGCUCUACGGCAAUGAGGUCACCAGCAUGGAGUGUCUGUGUGCCCGCCCACCCCCGUGCCUCCAGCACUUGGGCUUAGGUCACAACAAACUUCUGGGCCCCUUGGAAAGUCUGUAUGUCACCGCGGAUCACUGGCCCACCCUCGUCUCUCUGGACCUGGGCUUCAACAACCUGACGGACCUGCAGAGCCUGAUCGCCAGCCUCAGCACGCUUCAGCACCUGCGGCUGCUGGUGCUUCAGGGGAACCCGCUGGCCCUGGUGCCCUACUACAGAGGCUUCACCAUCGACAGCCUGUCCCGGCUCUGCGUGCUGGACGACAUCACCGUGUCUCCCAAUGAGAAGCACCUGUUCCGGGACCUCAGCCACAGUGGGGAUCUCCUGCCACGCGAGGCACAGUUUGUGGUGACUAUUGGAAAUGUCAGAGGGGUCCCCGACACCUCUGUCCUAGAUCCAGAACCAGGGCCCCAAGGCCCUUUUAUCACUUACAGCUAUUAUGUGACCUACGAUUUUGUGGAAGAUGAAGAAGAUGAAGGAAAAAAAUAUGGUGGCGUGCUGGCUGAGAUUGUCAGUCCCUCUCUCAUCAUGGAGCAGUUAGGCGAGGAGUUUCCUGAAGAGGUCAUCGGAGAGGCUGAAGGCUCUCUAGAGUCUGGGCUGACUACCCAGACCCAGUCGGGAGAGCUGGAGGAGGAGUCCCUCGUCUCGGGCGGGUCGGCGCCCUUGCCCAGGUUGACAGACUCCGCAGAAGAGUUGGCCAAGUUGCGGCCGCUUACAGAUCCCCGGCUCUGCCCAUCCCCAGGGACAGUUCUCUUCAGCACAGUCCGCAAGCCCUGGGCAGAAGUCAUCCCCUGUAACUAUGAGAUGCAGCACACCCUCAAGGACCUGGUGCCACUCAAGGCCUUCCUGCUGGCCGGAACCACGGUGACCGUCGUGGAGGAGAAGGUUCUCUCCUGGCCUGCGGGGCUGCCUCUUGUCGACGCUUCCUUGUCUGCCAGGAAAGGAAAAGGGGAGAAGAACAAGAAAGACAAGAAGGGAACAGAUUUGAAUGGGGGAAAAGAGGUGGCUAAGGACCAGAAGGGAUCCAAGAAGAAGAAAGAGCUUCCUAAGGACCUCCAGCAGGACCCGCCCAUCCUGCGCGUGCUGGGCAGCGGCGCAGUGGUCCUGGAGCCGCUGCUCGUCGGGGAGCCGCUUGUGUCCACCGUGUGCAACUUUGGGGUGAUCCGCACCUUGGAAUCUGACAGGCUGACGUUUCUCAGGGACUCAAAGAAACCUAAGAGAGCUAAAAAAGAGACUGGGAAGUCCAAGACCAAGCCAGGAGCGUCAGUUCUAGUUCGAAGAGGGAGAGACAGAGGGAACAGCUGACUCUGCCAUGUUGCUGCCGUCACCCCCGUUGAGCUCAGUUUUGCAUAUAUGAAGUUGAAACGUGUGGAGCAUGCAAGAAGCCUUUCCCUCACCUGCCCAUUGUCAUCUAGGGCCAUAGAGCUUAUUCCACUUCUCUGUCUCCAUCUCCUUUGCCGCCACCCCUCCAGACCACCAAGUUCUUCACCCAGACCACUGCAAUUGCCAUCUUCCCGCACC